GUGGCAGCUUGGCCCUCUUUCGGGGGAGCCCUGUCCAGCCCUUCCCUCUGCACUUGCUGCUGUGUGCUGGCUGAGCCUCUAUUUCUUCAUCUGUGCAGUGGGGUAAGCAGUGGGGGAAGGGCAUUGUUCACCCUGGUUCCAGGAGCCACCUUUGUUGGUGUCAGUUGAGAGCACAUCAGCCUAGCCAUUCCCAUACCCAGGCCUUUUGGGGUCUGGGAGCACCCAGAGAAUGCGCAUAUCCCUUGUCCUAUUGCUUGUAGGGUGCAGGUGAGCAAAGCCAUCCGUCCUUGUAUUCAAAGAGACUUGAGGGGGUGGCACUUCAUGCCUGGCCUAACAGAUCCCUAUUAAACCUUCCUGAGUCUGGGAAAACCCAGAGAGUGGAGGCGGGGACUGGACAUUUCCUUCUGGAUAAAGGGAGUCAAUUCCUUCAGGAUCCUGAGACCAUCUCAGUGCUGGGACAUCAGCCCCCACAGGGAGCUGAUUAAAAGGCGAGCCUGAUUGAUUGAGUAGAUUCAGGGUUGGACACCAAAUCCCUCUGUGAGUUAGAAGGUCUUAGCAGACACUUUGAUCCAACCUGCCUGGGUUAUGGCCCAGGCUGAGCGACUUUUGGAAGUGCCCGCAAUUAUCAGAAACAACCUCUUGACCCUGGCCACCCAGCACCUGUCAUCAAAGGACCUUGAGGAAUUCAGUUGUCAGCAAAGCACGGAGUGACUUUGUCUCAAAGUGCAGGUCCCAGGUUUGGGCUGUUCCCGAUCCCAUCCCUGCUAGUUGCAACCAGAACAUUCCUGCCUGCCUCUCCCCUGUCUCAUAAUGGUGGCAUACUUCCUGUGGGCUGAUCUUGUCACCAGGCUUCAAGAUCACCUCCUUCAGAGGGGACCUAGGCAAGCCAGAGCAAGGGAGGAGGGCCCUGAAUGGCGAACGGUGGGAAGGCACGGAGUGAGCGCUCACGGGUCUCUGAGCGUGGCCGGGUGCAGCUGUGUGCUCAGCAAUGGGGGAGUCUAGAGGAAUGAGUGUCGUACACCUGCAGAGAUACACGUGGAUUUUCCGCCGUGCGGAUAAAAACGAUGACGGGAAGCUGUCCCUGGAGGAGUUUCAGCUCUUCUUCGCAGAUGGUGUCCUCAAUGAGAAGGAGCUGGAGGACCUCUUCCACACCAUUGACUCCGACAACACCAACCAUGUGGACACCAAGGAACUGUGUGAUUACUUUGUGGACCACAUGGGAGACUAUGAGGAUGUCCUGGCCUCCCUGGAGACCUUGAACCACUCUGUCCUGAAAGCCAUGGGCUACACCAAGAAGGUGUAUGAAGGUGCCAGCAAUGUGGACCAGUUUGUGACCCGCUUCCUUCUGAAGGAGACAGCCAAUCAGAUCCAGUCGCUGCUGAGCUCCGUGGAGAGUGCUGUGGAAGCCAUUGAGGAACAGACCAGCCAGAUCCGACAGGAGCACUGCAAACCCAGCCACAGCAUCACCGAGAGUCACUAUGGAGGCCCCAGUCCUCCCUACAUCCCCAACCACAAGCUUGUUCCCCCCGAGCCAGCAGGGAAGAGCCUGUCUGUGGCCACAGGGGAGCCAAAGGAGGAGGGGCUGGAGGGCCAGAUAAGCCGGUUGGCAGAGCUGAUUGGGAGACUGGAGAGCAAGACCCUCUGGUUUGACCUGCAGCAGCGCCUCUCAGACGAAGAAGGCACUGACAUGCACCUGCAGCUGGUCCGACAAGAAAUGGCCGUGUGCCCUGAGCAGCUGAGUGAAUUUUUGGACUCCUUGCGACAGUACCUCCGGGGUACUGCUGGAGAAAGGAACUGUUUCCAUGUCGCCGCGGUGAGGAUGGCAGAUGGCCUCACCUUCGUCAUCUAUGAGUUCUGGGAGACAGAGGAAGAGUGGAAGAGCUGCCUGGUGCACUUCGGGCCGAGACUGAGUCCUCCUGUGGCCCUGUUAAGGAGCCUAGUGCCCCCACCACCACCACCACUUCUUGUAAAGGACAACACCCCUUUUCUAGAGAAUUUGGUACGCAGCUGUCUUUUCAGUAUACUAAUAAAAGGAUGUGUACUUCCCCCUGCUAUGACAUGGAGGCGGUCCCUCCCCUGGCAUCCCAUACCUGACUUGACCGGGCAGAGUGUACUGCUGGGAUGCUGGUGAGGCCAAGGUUAGCAGGGAUGGCUUCCCAGGCCAGCCUUCAACCAACAGCUUCCCACCCCAGCCUGCCUCUGGCCUCCCUGACUCCUGAUGGCUGAGGCCCUGCGGGACCCACCUCGGAUGGAUGGGCCUCUUUCUCUGCUUCCCUCCUCCUUGAGGACCCUUCUACCUAGUGGGAGCUGUGACCCUGUAGUACCCAACGUAGGCUUGGGUAGAGCCCAGGUCCCCAGCACCAUGCUAGGCCCACAGCCACCAAAUAAAGUCUGUUUAGGAACA